UGUUUAGGACGAUAGGUAGGUAGUUGUAGGGAAAUCAACACACUUUGGGUUAAUAUUGUGUCAUUCCUGUCAACCGUUUUGCGUUACGUGCCGUUAUUUGUGUAUUUUUACAUCCGCCGGAUCCGCAGUGAAUGAGAUGAACGUCGGGGUUCCCUCUCUGAGCCACUUUGUGUUUUACGGUUUGUGGUGAAUUAGACAACUGGUUCUUCAUGCAGCUUCUGAAAAAAAAGACAGAAAAGCCCUACAUGUUGAUUAUGCUUCUUUACUACAGUAAGCCUGAAUGAAAAAACCUCCAAGCUACGGCGAACAAGGUCUCACAUCCUGGAGCUGUAUCACUUCAUCCACCGGUGUUGCAUAUAAUAUACGUUGAUGACAUUUUUUGGAAGUGGUCGUGCCUUUUGUUUUCAUUUCGGGAUAUGUGAUAUGCGGAUCUAUAAGGCAACGAAACGCACAUGAGCGGACGUCUUUUUUGACCGAAAAUGAGGAAGCGUCUCUAUAAAGACUCAGAAAAUGGUAUGGUCUCGUCGUUCGUGGGCCCGGAUUUGAGUGAAAUGAGGAGGAAAGGAGCAAAUGCAAAAGCAGCAUGAAAUUUUCCCAUACAAUGAGACCAAAGGAGGUAAAACGAUGAAGGUAGAAAAGACGCAGCAUCUAUGUAGGCGAUCUGGACAAGUUUUAAGUCGCUCACAAUGAACAGAAAUACUUUGCAGCUCAAUAACAAAUCUUUUCCACUAUACUGAAAGAUUUUUUUUGUCCGCUUUGCAAGAUUGUGAGAUUUGCCAGUCAUUUAUUUUCGCCUUGCAACUAUUAUUUUGACAUUUGGUUGUUUGAUUUAUUAUUAUUUUUUUUUUUUAUAUUUUUGACCCGGAUCCAGCCCUGACUAUUCAAUGGAAGUAUGUUAUCAGUUGCCGGUUUUGCCUCUAGACAGGCCGGUUCCAAAGCAUGUCCUCAGCCGGAGGGGAGCCAUUAGUUUCAGCUCCAGCUCAUCUCUGUUCGGGGCUCCUGAUCCAAGACAGCUGUCACAGAGACGAGGGGCCAUCUCCUAUGACAGCUCAGACCAGACGGCACUGUACAUUCGCAUGCUAGGAGCUUGUGUAGUAUUCAAACAGCUGUUUGCAAAUGUGAGAGUGAGAAGUCAGGUUGGAUUUGAACCAGAACGAAGAAGCUCCCACCCGUAUUUGUGCAUCGACUUCCGAACUCUUCACACACGGCUGGGCUCUGGGUCCACCUCGGCCAGCUCUGCUCCUGAACGGAGGGUCCACAGGCUGCUGAGCUUCCAGAGGUACCUGCACUCAUCCCGUCUGCUGCGUGGAAUCCCCCAGCAGAUCCCCCUCCACAUCCUCGAUGAGGACUACACUGGACAGGCCAGGUGCAUGCUGGAAAAAGUUGGGAGCUGGAAUUUUGACAUUUUCCUCUUUGAUAGGUUGACUAAUGGAAACAGCUUGAUCACCCUGACCUUCCACCUGCUGAACCAGUAUGGCCUGGUGGAGCUCUUCCAGCUGGACAUGGUGAAGCUCUGGAGGUUUCUGGUCAUGGUCCAGGAGGACUACCACAGCGACAACCCCUACCACAAUGCUGUCCACGCCGCAGACGUCACACAGGCCAUGUACUGCUACCUACGGGAACCAAUGCUCUGUAAGUCUCUGACCUCCUGUGACAUCCUGUUGGGCCUGCUGGCAGCUGCCACUCAUGACCUGGACCAUCCCGGGGUCAACCAGCUUUUCCUCAUCAAGACUGAUCACUACCUAGCUACACUCUAUAGGAAUACCUCAGUUCUGGAAAACCACCACUGGAAGUCUGCAGUGGGCCUGCUCAGAGAGACUGGGCUGUUUUCCCACCUGCCUGCUGAGGAUAGCCUGAACAUGGAGAGGCAGCUGGGCUCCUUAAUUCUGGCCACGGACAUCAGCAGACAGAAUGAGUACUUGUCUAAAUUUCGCACGCACCUGGACCUGGAUGACCUGUGCUUGAGUAAUGCCAGCCACCGCCACUUUGUCCUACAGAUGGCCCUGAAGUGUGCGGACAUCUGCAACCCCUGCAGACCCUGGGAGCUCAGCAAACAGUGGAGUGAGAAGGUGACGGAGGAGUUCUUUCAACAAGGAGAUAUUGAGAAGAAGCACAAACUUGAAGUCAGCCCACUUUGUGACAGAGACACCAACACAGUUGGCAACAUUCAAAUCGGCUUCAUAACAUAUGUGGUGGAGCCCCUGUUUGCAGAGUGGGCCCGUUUCUCCGACACACGUGUGUCCCAGACCAUGCUGGGCCACCUGGGGCUGAACAAGGCCAGCUGGGGCAGCCUGCAGCAGGAACAAACCCCCGGCUCUGAGGAGGCAGAGCCCAGCACAGCGGGCACGGACCCAGAGGCCACCACAGCUGCCUCUGCCCAACCAGACGGCAGCACAGCGACAGCCACAAGAGGAACCAGCUCCAAAGAAAUACCUCAGGGAAGCAGAGAAUCCUGACACUCCAUGUUUGCCCUUUCACUCGAGUCUCUUGACCCCGGCCUCAGGGCCUCAACACACACUGGGAGCCGGAUGGGGUGUCCUGGGACGGUGUAUGGCCCCGCACCCCUCCUGCUGCCACACCCGAUCCUAAGACCUUGUUCACAUUUUGUUGCUUUUGCCUCCCAUUUUGACAAACCACUGAUUUUAUUUAAUUUAUUUAAUUUUAAAUUCCUCUUUUUUUUGGCAUAGAGCAAUACAUAGAUACCUCAUUUGGCUACUGCUGUAUUUUCUUUUAUUUGCUUUAUUUUAUUUAUUUGUCCACUGUAGUUUGGCAUUACUGAUUGAAUACACCACUAUAUUUUUUGGUUGGCGAAUCUUAAGGGAAAACCAGUAUAAGAACUGAAGAAUACAUUUUUUUCUGGUAUUUUGAAGUGCCAUUUGAAAACAAAGAUUUGAAGAAUGAUUUGAACUGAUUUGACUGAGACAACUUGAGUAUUCGGACACGAGACUCUCCUAAGGCUCGGGAGUAACGUUGUGUGUUGCAUUUGUAAUGAAUCUUCCUCAUGUACAAAUGAAAAAAUGUGACAAGCCCAGUCCUUUUGCUGCCUCUACGAAGACUGUUUACGCAUCUUCUUGUUUGUUUCUUUCCCUCGGACUGAAUUGAAGUGAAUCACGUUGGCUCCACGGUUUGCCUUCUAAGCACAGAUGUGAAGAACCGCUCGUCUGAACUGUCAUCCCACUGUUUAAGCCAUGAGCAGAACCUUAUUCAAACACACCAGAUGCCAUAAGUAACUCCACCUGUGCUACAAUGUAUUCUCCUCUUUGCACUCCCAAAUAACGACGGUGUUGGACGUGCAGCUUCUUUUCCUCCACAUCUCGAAGACCCUCAUUUUUUGGAAGGUAUUGUUGAACCUCUCCUGUCCUUUGUGAAGCAGCAGAUAUUUGAGAAUAUUUCAGUGCUGUUUGAACUCGAGGCACCGGCGCCUCUCACACUGGGGAUCAGUUACUCACUGCGCACACAUCUCACCUGGAACUCCACUCCGCGCAACUCAACUCGCUCAGGGUUUUGCCAAUCUCUUAUCAAGAGGGAGAGGGGGGACGGGGGGUGCGAGGUUGUUUUUGCCUGGCUAGGAUCACUUCUACCCUAGGAGACUCUCCCUCUCCGCAGAAUGUCUCUCACAUUAGCCACAUGCAACCUAAAGGACUGCUCGAUCGAUGCCUUAUAACUAUGCACAAAAUAUGCUAAGUGACCAAACCGACUCCUAUUCCCAUCAAGUGCAUGGUGUGCUUGUCUUUGAAUGCACUGUCCAAUCCCUUUGCCUUUUGUUGUGAGGAACAACUCCAGCUGUCCUUUUUUGUACGGAAACAAAAUGGUCGAGUGACUUUGAACAUUCCAUUUCCUCCUGUUUGGUUUGUCUACUUUGAUUCUGUAUAGUGGCACAAAUUGUGUUUGUGUUUAAACAUUUUGAAAGAUAACCGGUGCUUUUCUUACUUUAGCUGAUUUGUAUUUUGCUGUAAGUGCUGUAAGACUGUUGAUAUAAAAAUGUUUACAAUUUGUUGCGACAGCCAUUUUUGGGAAGACUUAAGUGUCAAGCCAGAUUUUGUAAAGGCUUUGCUGUAUUGACCUUUUUGAUACAUGCCUGUUGCAGUUACAAUUUGAUUAAUAAAACCUGUUGUUGACAAAUGUUUUCUUGGAUUUUAA